CUGGGCAGCUCUCCCAAGGACUGUGAACUGUCGGUUUAGUGCUUGUUCCUCUGGAAAUGCAACGGCUGUUGACUUCAGUGAAGCGGGUCUUGCAAGUGAAGAGGGCAAUGCAAGAAGCCUUCAUCUCACCUGCUAGCCUUCUUCCAGCAGCCCACCAAAGGUUUUCUACCAUCCCUGCUGUCCCCUUGGCCAAAACAGAUACUUGGCCAAAGGAUGUGGGCAUCCUUGCCCUGGAGGUCUAUUUCCCAGCCCAGUAUGUGGACCAAACAGACCUGGAGAAGUACAACAAUGUGGAAGCAGGGAGGUACACGGUGGGUUUGGGCCAAACCCAUAUGGGCUUCUGCUCAGUCCAGGAGGACAUCAACUCCCUGUGCCUGACCGUGGUGCAGCGGCUGAUGGAGCGCACGCAGCUCCCAUGGGACUCUGUGGGAUGGCUGGAAGUGGGCACUGAGACCAUCAUUGACAAGUCCAAGGCUGUCAAAACAGUGCUCAUGGAGCUUUUCCAGGAUUCAGGCAACACUGACAUCGAGGGCAUAGAUACCACCAAUGCCUGCUACGGUGGCACUGCCUCCCUCUUCAAUGCUGCCAACUGGGUGGAGUCCAGCUCCUGGGAUGGUCGCUAUGCAAUGGUGGUCUGCGGAGACAUUGCAGUCUAUCCCAGGGGUAACGCUCGCCCCACAGGUGGGGCCGGAGCUGUGGCCAUGCUAGUUGGGCCCAAGGCCCCUCUGGCCCUCGAGAGAGGGCUUAGAGGAACCCACAUGGAGAACGUAUAUGACUUCUACAAACCAGAUGCAGCUACAGAGUACCCAAUAGUGGAUGGGAAGCUCUCCAUCCAGUGCUACCUACGGGCCUUGGACAGAUGUUACACAUUAUACCGUCAAAAAAUCCAGAACCAGUGGAAACAAGCUGGCAUCGAUCGGCCUUUCACUCUUGAUGACUUACAGUUUAUGAUCUUUCACACGCCCUUCUGCAAAAUGGUCCAGAAAUCCCUGGCUCGCCUGAUGUUCAAUGACUUCCUGUCAGCCAGCAGCGACACGCAGACCAGCCUCUAUAAGGAGCUGGAGGCCUUCAGGGGGCUAACACUGGAGGAAACCUACACCAACAAGGACAUGGAUAAAGCACUUCAAAAGGCCUCCCUGGACACGUUCAACAAGAAAACCAAGGGCUCCCUUUACCUCUCCACUCACAACGGGAAUACAUACACCUCAUCCUUAUAUGGGUGUCUGGCCUCCCUUCUGUCCCGGUAUUCUGCCCAAGACUUGGCUGGUUCCAGGAUUGGAGCCUUCUCUUAUGGCUCUGGCUUGGCAGCAAGUUUUUUUUCAUUUCGAGUGUCCAAGGAUGCUUCUCCAGGAUCCCCCCUGGAGAAGCUGGUGUCUAGUAUGUCAGACCUGCCAAAACGCCUUGCCUCCCGGAAGCGUAUGUCUCCUCAGGAAUUCACAGAAAUAAUGGACCAAAGAGAACAAUUCUACCAUAAGGUGAAUUUCUCACCACCUGGCGACACGAGCAGUCUUUUCCCCGGCACGUGGUACCUGGAGCGAGUGGAUGAGCUGUAUCGCCGGAAGUACGCCCGGCGACCAGUCUAAAGGUGGUGAGUGAAGUUUUGCAGGGUUGGU